AUGGCGGCCCUAAUGGCCAUCGCGGACAAGUACGCGCUGACCAAGGAAGCCGACAAAAUGCUGGCUAACGGCUCGCUCGCUACGCCAAGGCGCGACCACCACAAGCCGGCUGAGGGAACCUCCCACGGGAGCCGCCGCGACAACUACCGCGGCAAGAGGAACAAUGACAAGCCGAACCGCCGUUAUGGCACCACGCACGAGGCAGCUGUCUCCAAUCACGCGGCGGCUGGUGGAAGCCGACGCCAGAAACAAGACCGGCCCUGGAAACCGAAGUUCACAUUUGAGCAGAUGCUCGACACAUCGUGCAAGUACCACAAUAGUGCGAAGCCGGCCAACCACACAACCUGCAACUGCAACUUCACCAAGCGGUUGAACAGCGAAAGAAAAAUCAAAAUAGCCACCAGGCCCAGGAGCACCCGGCCUUCUUCUUUUCCUGUCCUUGGUCGUAGUGGUCAUCCCUGUCUUCUCUGUUCUACGGCACAGAGCAUCUGCACCUGCUCCCCAUUUUUCCUCUCCUCUUUUUCCCCUCCAAUUCCAAAUCGAAGAGCGAACCCUAGCCCCUUCGCCGCCGCCUCCCGUCUUGUUUCCCUUUCUUCACCAAGAGAGACUCGAGGGAAGUUUUUAGUUUGGGCAGUAACACCAAGAAUCCUACCGGAGAUCGCCGUCGUUGUUCGCCGCCGUUCGCUGCGCCGAGCGCAGGGAUGGAGCCGCCGUGGCGCCCUCGUCCUCCUCGCUGAAGGUCUGGAGCGGGAGCUACCCCAGGACGUCUCCACCGUCCUCGUCGUCACCAAGCGCCGCCACGGUCGCCGUCGCGUCGUCUGCUUCUUCCACACCGACUCCGUCGCCUUGAUCUUCUUCGACUUGUUUGCGAGCGCGACGCCGGUACCGAGGAGUACGGCGAGGAGUACGACUACUACCCUGAGGAGGAUCGUGCCGGUUUCUCUUCUUCUGACUUGGCAGGUACGGCAGGUUUUGAGUAUCCACCUGGACACUACUUUGUGGACUACGCCGAGGACGACUACGUCGAGUAGAGAGGACGCUCCUAAGGCGACGACACUGGGGCUUCUUCGGAUAUGGAUCCGACUGCUUUAUUUAUGGACUCUUAGUCCCAUUUGCAUCUUGUCUGUACUCAGACGUAUAUUCGCUUCCGCAUGA